UUAAAAAGCUCCAAGAACUGCCUUGUUUCCAGACUACAUCUUCUCACUUGCUAACAAGGAUCUCUGAGUUCAGCAGCCAUGAGUUCAGACCAGGAGAUGGCCAUUUUUGGGGAGGCAGCUCCGUACCUCCGAAAGUCUGAAAAGGAGCGCAUUGAGGCCCAGAAUAGGCCCUUUGAUGCCAAGACAUCUGUCUUUGUGGUGGAGCCCAAAGAAUCCUUUGUGAAAGGGACCAUCCAGAGCAGAGAAGGAGGGAAAGUGACGGUGAAGACGGAAGCUGGAGCGACUCUGACAGUGAAAGAUGAUCAAGUCUUCCCCAUGAACCCUCCCAAGUACGACAAGAUCGAGGACAUGGCCAUGAUGACCCACCUGCACGAGCCCGCUGUGCUGUACAACCUCAAGGAGCGUUACGCAGCCUGGAUGAUCUACACCUACUCGGGCCUCUUCUGCGUCACGGUGAACCCCUACAAGUGGCUGCCGGUGUACAACCCCGAGGUGGUGGGUGCCUACCGAGGCAAGAAGCGCCAGGAGGCCCCGCCCCACAUCUUCUCCAUCUCCGACAACGCCUAUCAGUUCAUGCUGACAGACCGAGAGAAUCAGUCAAUCCUGAUCACCGGAGAAUCUGGUGCAGGGAAGACCGUGAACACCAAGCGUGUCAUCCAGUACUUUGCAACAAUUGCAGUCACUGGGGAGAAGAAGAAGGAGGAAGCUACCUCUGGCAAAAUGCAGGGGACCCUUGAAGAUCAAAUCAUCAGCGCCAACCCCCUACUGGAGGCCUUUGGCAACGCCAAGACCGUGAGGAAUGACAACUCCUCUCGCUUUGGUAAAUUCAUCAGAAUCCACUUUGGCACCACAGGGAAGCUGGCUUCUGCUGAUAUUGAAACAUAUCUGCUAGAGAAGUCUAGAGUUACUUUCCAGCUUAAGGCGGAAAGGAGCUAUCAUAUUUUUUAUCAGAUCACAUCGAACAAGAAACCAGAACUAAUUGAAAUGCUUCUGAUCACCACCAACCCAUAUGACUACCCAUUUGUCAGUCAAGGGGAGAUCAGUGUGGCUAGCAUUGAUGAUCAAGAAGAGCUGAUGGCAACAGAUAGUGCUAUUGAUAUUUUGGGCUUCACUAAUGAAGAGAAAGUCUCCAUCUACAAGCUCACAGGGGCUGUGAUGCAUUAUGGGAACUUGAAGUUCAAGCAGAAGCAGCGGGAGGAGCAGGCUGAGCCAGAUGGCACUGAAGUUGCUGACAAGGCGGCCUAUCUCCAGAGUCUGAACUCUGCUGACCUGCUCAAAGCCCUCUGCUACCCCAGGGUCAAGGUCGGCAAUGAGUACGUCACCAAAGGCCAGACUGUAGAGCAGGUGACCAACGCUGUGGGCGCUCUGGCCAAAGCCAUCUACGACAAGAUGUUCCUGUGGAUGGUCACCCGCAUCAACCAGCAGCUGGACACCAAGCAGCCCAGACAGUACUUCAUCGGGGUCUUGGACAUCGCCGGCUUUGAGAUCUUUGAUUUCAACAGCCUGGAGCAGCUGUGCAUCAACUUCACCAACGAGAAGCUGCAACAGUUCUUCAACCACCACAUGUUCGUGCUGGAGCAGGAGUCCUCCCGCCACGACUGUGACCUGCUGCGGGAACAGUAUGAGGAGGAGCAGGAAUCCAAGGCCGAGCUGCAGAGGGCGCUGUCCAAGGCCAACAGCGAGGUGUCCCAGUGGAGGACCAAAUACGAGACGGACGCCAUCCAGCGCACAGAGGAGCUGGAGGAGGCCAAGAAGAAGCUGGCCCAGCAUCUGCAAGAAGCCGAGGAGCACGUAGAAGCCGUGAACGCAAAAUGCGCUUCCCUCGAGAAGACAAAGCAGCGGCUCCAGAAUGAGGUGGAGGACCUCAUGCUGGACGUGGAGAGAACCAACGCGGCCUGCGCCGCCCUGGACAAGAAGCAGAGGAACUUCGACAAGAUCCUGGCAGAGUGGAAACAGAAGUAUGAGGAAACCCAGGCUGAGCUUGAGGCCUCUCAGAAGGAGGCCCGCUCUCUCAGCACUGAGCUGUUCAAGAUGAAGAAUGCCUACGAGGAAUCCUUGGAUCAGCUGGAAACUUUGAAACGAGAGAACAAAAACUUGCAGCAGGAGAUUUCUGACCUCACAGAGCAGAUUGCAGAAGGAGGGAAACAUAUCCAUGAACUGGAGAAGAUAAAGAAACAAGUGGAACAAGAGAAGUGUGAACUUCAGGCUGCUUUAGAGGAAGCAGAGGCAUCUCUUGAACAUGAAGAGGGAAAGAUCCUGCGCAUCCAGCUGGAGUUGAACCAGGUCAAGUCUGAGGUCGACAGGAAAAUUGCUGAGAAGGAUGAGGAAAUUGACCAGCUGAAGAGAAACCACAUCAGAGUGGUGGAGUCGAUGCAGACCAUGCUGGAUGCUGAGAUCAGGAGCAGGAAUGAUGCCAUCAGGCUCAAGAAGAAGAUGGAAGGAGACCUCAAUGAGAUGGAAAUCCAGCUGAACCAUGCCAACCGCAUGGCCGCAGAGGCCCUGAGGAACUACAGGAACACCCAAGGCAUCCUCAAAGACACCCAGAUCCACCUGGAUGACGCUCUCCGGGGCCAGGAGGACCUGAAGGAACAGCUGGCCAUGGUGGAGCGCAGAGCCAACCUGCUGCAGGCCGAGAUCGAGGAGCUGCGGGCCACUCUGGAGCAGACGGAGAGGAGCAGGAAAAUCGCAGAACAGGAGCUCCUGGAUGCCAGUGAGAGGGUCCAGCUCCUGCACACCCAGAAUACCAGCCUGAUCAACACCAAGAAGAAGUUGGAAACAGACAUUUCCCAAAUGCAAGGAGAAAUGGAGGACAUUAUCCAGGAAGCCCGCAAUGCAGAGGAGAAGGCCAAGAAGGCCAUCACUGAUGCAGCCAUGAUGGCCGAGGAGCUGAAGAAGGAGCAGGACACCAGCGCCCACCUGGAGCGCAUGAAGAAGAACCUGGAGCAGACAGUGAAGGACCUGCAACAUCGUCUGGACGAGGCUGAGCAGCUGGCCCUGAAGGGCGGGAAGAAGCAGAUCCAGAAACUGGAGGCCAGGGUACGUGAGCUGGAAGGAGAGGUUGAGAGUGAGCAAAAGCGUAAUGCGGAAGCUGUGAAAGGUCUGCGCAAACACGAGAGAAGAGUGAAGGAACUCACUUACCAGACAGAAGAAGAUCGGAAAAAUAUUCUCAGACUUCAGGAUUUGGUAGAUAAACUUCAGGCCAAAGUGAAAUCUUACAAGAGACAAGCUGAGGAGGCUGAAGAACAAUCCAACACAAAUCUAUCCAAAUUCCGUAAGCUCCAGCACGAGCUGGAGGAGGCUGAGGAACGGGCUGACAUUGCUGAGUCCCAGGUCAACAAGCUGCGGGUGAAGAGCCGAGAGGUUCACACAAAAGUCAUAAGUGAAGACUUCAAGAUCGAGGACAUGGCCAUGAUGACCCACCUGCACGAGCCCGCUGUGCUGUACAACCUCAAGGAGCGUUACGCAGCCUGGAUGAUCUACACCUACUCAGGCCUCUUCUGCGUCACGGUCAACCCCUACAAGUGGCUGCCGGUGUACAAUGCAGAGGUGGUGACAGCCUACCGAGGCAAGAAGCGUCAGGAGGCCCCGCCCCACAUCUUCUCCAUCUCUGACAACGCCUAUCAGUUCAUGCUGACGGAUCGGGAGAAUCAGUCCAUCUUAAUCACUGGAGAAUCUGGUGCGGGCAAGACUGUGAACACCAAGCGUGUCAUCCAGUACUUUGCAACAAUUGCAGUCACUGGGGAGAAGAAGAAGGAGGAAAUUACUUCUGGCAAAAUACAGGGGACCCUUGAAGAUCAAAUCAUCAGUGCCAACCCUCUACUAGAGGCCUUUGGCAACGCCAAGACUGUGAGGAAUGACAACUCCUCUCGCUUUGGUAAAUUCAUCAGGAUCCACUUCGGUACCACGGGAAAACUGGCUUCUGCUGAUAUUGAAACAUAUCUUCUGGAGAAGUCUAGAGUUACUUUCCAGCUGAAGGCGGAAAGAAGCUACCACAUUUUCUAUCAGAUCACGUCUAACAAGAAGCCAGAUCUAAUUGAAAUGCUCCUGAUCACCACCAACCCAUAUGACUAUGCCUUUGUCAGUCAAGGGGAGAUCACCGUCCCUAGCAUUGAUGACCAAGAAGAGCUGAUGGCCACAGAUAGUGCCAUUGACAUCCUGGGCUUCACUCCUGAAGAGAAAGUCUCCAUCUACAAGCUCACGGGGGCUGUGAUGCAUUAUGGGAACAUGAAGUUCAAGCAGAAGCAGCGUGAGGAGCAAGCCGAGCCAGACGGCACUGAAGUUGCUGACAAGGUGGCCUAUCUCCAGAGUCUGAACUCUGCUGACCUGCUCAAAGCCCUCUGCUACCCCAGGGUCAAGAGGAAACUGGAGGACGAGUGUUCAGAGCUCAAGAAAGACAUUGACGACCUUGAGCUGACCCUGGCCAAGGUUGAAAAGGAGAAGCAUGCCACGGAGAACAAGGUGAAAAACCUCACAGAAGAGAUGGCAGGCCUGGAUGAAACCAUCGCGAAGCUGACCAAGGAGAAGAAGGCCCUCCAAGAGGCCCACCAGCAGACCCUGGAUGAUCUGCAGGCAGAAGAGGACAAAGUCAACACCCUGACCAAAGCUAAAAUCAAGCUUGAACAACAAGUAGAUGAUCUUGAAGGAUCCUUGGAACAAGAAAAGAAAAUCCGAAUGGAUCUAGAAAGAGCAAAAAGGAAACUAGAGGGAGACCUAAAAUUAGCUCAAGAAUCCACAAUGGAUGUUGAAAAUGACAAGCAGCAACUCGAUGAGAAACUCAAAAAGAAAGAGUUUGAAAUGAGCAAUCUGCAAAGCAAGAUUGAAGAUGAGCAGGCCCUCGCAAUGCAGCUACAGAAGAAGAUCAAGGAGUUACAGGCCCGCCUCGAGGAGCUGGAGGAGGAAAUCGAGGCAGAGCGGGCCUCCCGGGCCAAAGCAGAGAAGCAGCGCUCUGACCUCUCCCGGGAACUGGAAGAGAUCAGCGAGCGGCUGGAGGAAGCCGGCGGGGCCACCUCCGCCCAGAUCGAGAUGAACAAGAAGCGCGAGGCUGAGUUCCAGAAAAUGCGCAGGGACCUGGAGGAGGCCACCCUGCAGCAUGAAGCCACGGCGGCCACCCUGAGGAAGAAGCACGCGGACAGCGUGGCCGAGCUCGGGGAGCAGAUAGACAACUUGCAGAGGGUCAAGCAGAAGCUGGAGAAGGAGAAGAGCGAGAUGAAGAUGGAGAUCGAUGACCUCACCAGCAACAUGGAGACGGUCUCCAAAGCCAAGGGGAACCUUGAAAAGAUGUGUCGUACUCUAGAAGAUCAGGUGAGCGAACUUAAGACAAAGGAAGAGGAGCAGCAGCGGCUGAUCAACGACCUGACGGCUCAGAGAGCGCGUCUGCAGACAGAAUCAGGUGAAUAUUCACGCCAGCUAGAUGAAAAGGACUCAUUAGUUUCUCAGCUCUCAAGGGGCAAACAAGCAUUCACACAACAGAUAGAGGAACUGAAAAGGCAGCUUGAGGAGGAAAUAAAGGCCAAGAGUGCUCUGGCCCAUGCCCUGCAAUCAGCCCGCCAUGACUGUGACCUGCUGCGGGAACAGUAUGAGGAGGAGCAGGAGGGCAAGGCUGAGCUGCAGAGGGCAAUGUCCAAGGCCAACAGCGAGGUGGCCCAAUGGAGGACCAAAUACGAGACGGAUGCCAUCCAGCGCACAGAGGAGCUGGAGGAGGCCAAAAAGAAGCUGGCUCAACGUCUACAGGAUGCUGAGGAGCACGUAGAAGCUGUGAACGCCAAAUGUGCUUCCCUUGAAAAGACAAAGCAGCGGCUCCAGAAUGAGGUGGAGGACCUCAUGAUUGACGUGGAGAGAACCAACGCAGCCUGUGCCGCCCUGGACAAGAAGCAGAGGAACUUCGACAAGAUCCUGGCAGAAUGGAAACAGAAGUAUGAAGAAACUCAUGCUGAACUUGAAGCUUCCCAAAAGGAGUCCCGCUCCCUUAGCACAGAGCUGUUCAAGAUUAAGAAUGCUUAUGAGGAAUCUUUAGACCAACUUGAAACCUUGAAGCGGGAAAAUAAGAAUUUGCAACAGGAGAUUUCUGAUCUCACUGAGCAGAUUGCAGAAGGAGGGAAACGUAUCCAUGAACUGGAAAAGAUAAAGAAACAAGUGGAACAAGAGAAGUCUGAACUUCAGGCUGCUUUAGAGGAGGCAGAGGCAUCUCUUGAACAUGAAGAGGGAAAGAUCCUGCGCAUCCAGCUGGAGUUGAACCAGGUCAAGUCUGAGGUCGACAGGAAAAUUGCUGAGAAGGAUGAGGAAAUUGACCAGCUGAAGAGAAACCACAUCAGGGUCGUGGAGUCGAUGCAGAGCACCCUGGAUGCUGAAAUCAGGAGCAGGAAUGAUGCCAUCAGGCUCAAGAAGAAGAUGGAAGGAGACCUCAAUGAGAUGGAAAUCCAGCUGAACCAUGCCAACCGCAUGGCCGCAGAGGCCCUGAGGAACUACAGGAACACCCAAGGCAUCCUCAAAGACACCCAGAUCCACCUGGAUGACGCUCUCCGGGGCCAGGAGGACCUGAAGGAACAGCUGGCCAUGGUGGAGCGCAGAGCCAACCUGCUGCAGGCUGAGAUCGAGGAGAUGAGGGCUACUCUGGAGCAGACGGAGAGAAGCAGGAAAAUCGCAGAACAGGAGCUCCUGGACGCCAGUGAGCGCGUCCAGCUCCUGCACACCCAGAACACCAGCCUGAUCAACACCAAGAAGAAACUGGAAACAGACAUUUCCCAGAUCCAGGGAGAGAUGGAUGACAUUGUCCAGGAAGCCCGCAAUGCAGAGGAGAAGGCCAAGAAGGCCAUCACUGAUGCAGCCAUGAUGGCCGAGGAGCUGAAGAAGGAGCAGGACACCAGCGCCCACCUGGAGCGCAUGAAGAAGAACCUGGAGCAGACAGUGAAGGACCUGCAACAUCGUCUGGACGAGGCUGAGCAGCUGGCCCUGAAGGGCGGGAAGAAGCAGAUCCAGAAACUGGAGGCCAGGGUCCGUGAACUUGAAGGAGAAGUUGAAAGUGAACAGAAGCACAACGUUGAAACUGUCAAGAGUCUACGCAAACAUGAGAGGAGAGUGAAGGAACUCACUUACCAGACUGAGGAAGACCGCAAGAAUGUGCUCAGACUCCAAGAUCUGGUAGAUAAACUGCAAGCGAAGGUGAAAGCUUACAAGAGACAAGCUGAGGAAGCGGAGGAACAAUCCAACAUCAACCUCUCCAAAUUCCGUAAGCUCCAGCACGAGCUAGAGGAGGCUGAGGAACGGGCUGACAUUGCUGAGUCCCAGGUCAACAAGCUGCGGGUGAAGAGCCGGGAGGUCCACACAAAAAUCAUAAGUGAAGAGUAAUUCAACCGAAUGCUAAAAAGUGACCAAAGAAAUGCACAAAAUGUGAACAUCUUUGUCACUCUGUUUUCUUACUUUGUUUUUCUGCAGAUAAAAAAUUUAUC